AUGUCGCGGUCCUAUGCGAACCUCCUCGACCUAUCAGGGGAUGCCCCGCUGUUCACGCGCCCAGUGGCGCGCGGAAGCAAGGGCAGCCUCACCCGUUCCGCCACGGCGACGGGGACGAUUGCGGACGGCGGGCGGCCAGGCGCGGGGAAUCUGAUGGGGCUGGGCGGGGGGGUGGAUGAGGCAUCGAGCUCGGGAUCGGAAUCGCCGUCGAGCCUGGCGCAGGAACGGUUGAUUAUUGUGGCGAACAUGCUUCCGCUGCACACGGAACGGGACGCCGCCACGCAGGAGUGGGCGUUCAGGUGGGACGAGGACGCGCUGCUGCUGCAGAUGAAGGACGGCAUCACAGCAGGCAGCGACGAGGACAUGGAGAUCAUCUACAUCGGCUCGCUCAAGGUGGAGGUGGAUGCAUCGGAGCAGGACAGGGUAGCAGCCACGCUCCUAGAGAAUUUCAACUGUGUCCCCACCUUUCUGCCGGCCGACCUCAAAGCCAGAUUCUACCACGGGUUCUGCAAGCAGCAGCUCUGGCCGCUCUUCCACUACCUCCUCCCGCUCGGCCCGUCCCAUUCCUCGGGUCUCUUUGACCGGGAGCUGUGGCAGGCGUAUGUGAGUGCGAACAAGAUAUUCAGCGACAAGGUGAUGGAGGUGAUCAGCCCCGACGACGACUACGUGUGGGUGCACGACUACCACCUCAUGGUGCUGCCUACGUUUCUGCGCAAGAGGUUUCACCGCGUGCGCCUGGGCUUCUUCCUGCACAGCCCGUUCCCUUCCUCCGAGAUCUACCGAACCCUCCCCGUGCGAGACGAGAUCCUGCGCGCGCUGCUCAACGCGGACCUCAUCGGGUUCCACACAUUCGACUACGCGCGCCACUUCCUCUCCUGCUGCUCGCGUAUGCUGGGUCUCGAGUACGAGUCCAAGCGCGGGCACAUCGGGCUCGACUACUACGGGAGGACGGUGGGGAUCAAGAUCAUGCCUGUGGGGAUUCACAUGGGGCGCUUGAACGCGGCGCUGAGUCUCGCGGACACGGAGUGGCGGGUCGGGGAGCUGCGCGCGCAGUUUGAGGGGAAGAAGAUUGUGCUUGGAGUGGACGAUAUGGACCUGUUCAAGGGGAUCGGGCUGAAGAUGCUGGCGAUGGAGCAGCUGCUGCGGCAGCACCCUGAGUGGGUGGGCAAGGUGGUGCUCGUGCAGAUUGCCAACCCUGCUCGCGGCCGCGGGGCCGAGGUCGAGCACAUGCAGAACGACAUCUACUCCAUCGUCAAGCGGGUGAACCGUGAGUUCGGUCGAGAGGGGUACGAGCCGGUGAUGCUGCUGGAGCGGCACGUGCCCAUGUACGAGCGGGCAGCCUUCAUGUCGCAGGCAGAGUGCCUUGUGGUCACAGCCGUGCGCGACGGCAUGAACCUCACGCCCUACGAGUACAUUGUCUGCCGCCAUGGGGUAGAUGCUGCUCAAGCCGCCUCUGCUGCCGCCUCUGCUGCCGCGCGCGCCUCCCCUGCUGCUGCGUCCGCUGCGGCGGCGCUUGGUCCUGGCGCCGCGGCUGCUGCUGCUGCUGCUGCUGCGGGUGCUGCCAGUGCUGGUAGUGCUGGCACUGGUGCACAUGAGGGGUCUGGGGCCAAGCCUCCUCUGCCCUCCCAUCGCUCCCACGCCCAUUCGUCUCUUGACCCUCCCGCUCAGGCUCCUGCUCCUGCUGCAGCUGCAGACGUAGGAGGGGACGAGGCAAAGCACACAGAGGCAGCAGGAGUGGCAGCAGCGGCUGCAGCGGAGGGAGGAGCGGCAGGCGCAGGUGUGGGUGCAGCAGACGCCACGAGCACUGUUGGAGACGCUUUACCCGUACAAUCGGCAGCAGACUCAGGUGCUGCGGCACCCGCAUCUGCCGCUGCUGGUGAUACAGCAGGGGCAGCUGCGGGGUCUGCAGAAGCAGGAGAAGCAGCAGCAGCGGGAGCGGAGAGUGCUGCGGGGGGGCUUGUGGUGGCGCCGGCGCCGUCGCUGCCGGCGAUCAUAACAAAGCGGGGCGGCGAGGCGGAGAGCAGGAAGAAGCGGCGCAGCGCCAUUGUGGUGUCGGAGUUCAUCGGCUGCUCGCCGUCCCUCAGUGGCGCCAUCAGAAUCAACCCCUGGAACGUGCAGGCGGUGGCGGACGCGGUGAACAGCGCAUUGACGAUGGGGGAGAGCGAGCAGGAGAUGCGGCACGACAAGCACUACAAGUAUGUGCGUGACCACCACGUCGGCUACUGGGCGCACUCCUUCGUCUCCGACCUGCAGCGCACCUGCCGGGAGCACAGCCACCUGUGCUGCUACGGCAUUGGCUUCGGGCUGGGCUUCCGCACAGUAGCCCUCGACCCCAACUUCCGCAAGCUGCAGACCGACCUGCUCGUGCGCUCCUACCAGCGCGCGCAGUCGCGCCUCAUCCUGCUCGACUAUGACGGCACCAUGAUGCCGCAGACGUCCAUCAACAAGACCCCGGGGCAGGACGUGUUGGACGUGGUGCAGCGGCUGAGCAGCGAUUCGCGCAACACCGUCUUUGUCGUCAGCGGCCGCCGCCGCGAGAACCUUGAGGCCUGGUUCCACUGCUGCCCGCGCCUCGGCCUCGCUGCCGAGCACGGCUUCUUCGUCAGCUGGAGCCGGUCGGCUCCCUGGCAAACCACGAUCGCGCAGCAGGACGCCACGUGGAAGGACGCAGCCCUCCCAGUCCUCGAGCUCUACACGGAAUCCACCGACGGGUCGUACAUCGAGACCAAGGAGAGCGCACUCGUGUGGCACCACCGCGACGCCGACCCCGACUUUGGGUCGUGGCAGGCCAAGGAGCUGCUGGACCAUCUGGAGAGCGUUCUGGCGAAUGAGCCUGUUGUGGUCAAGGGCGGGCACCACAUUGUGGAGAUCAAGCCGCAGGGAGUGAGCAAAGGGCUGGUGGUGGAUCAGCUGCUGAGGGCGUCUAAGGGAGCAGGCAAGGCAGCACCGGACUUUGUGCUGUGUGUGGGCGACGACCGGUCGGACGAGGACAUGUUCGAGCGCAUCAGCGCCCUCAUCACCGCUGCUCCCUCGCCCACACCCCUCGCCGAAGUCUUCGCCUGCACUGUGGGGCAGAAGCCGAGCAAGGCGCGGUACUACCUGGACGACACGAGCGAGGUCAUCAAGAUGCUGCGCGGGCUCGCCAACGCGCCCUCCAUGCCCUCCUCCGUCCCACCCCCUCUCUCCGCCUCCUCCGCCGCGCCCCACAUGCUCACGCCCCAGCACCAGCCAUCACACGCUGCCACAGCGACGCUGCUGGGUCCCCAGCCUGGGCUGUACACGCUUGGGGCUACAGGGGGACCGGCUUCGGUGGUGGGGGCGCCGGGGUCUAUGCUUGGGGGCAUGAUGGGGGGUGUGAUGGGUGGGGCAAUGAUGGGGGGUUUGCCCGGGGGAGGGGUACCAGGGGGUGGUGUGAUGGGAGGGUUGGGAGGUGCCCUGCCGCCGGCAGACAACGCGCAUUUGAACUUUGGGGUGGAUGAGAGUGAAGGGUUGUGA